AUGGCGCGAUCAACUCUCGGAAAGAGGAUUAGGAAUACAAAAGAGAUUGAAGUUGUAGAUGUACCUAUAAAACGAACACGACGCCAGACACACACCUCCUCACCCAAUGACGAGAAUGUAGACCCUAAAGAAAUUACUACCGAUGACAACCUCGAUAGCCAAAUUGGUGUCUUAAAGGUCACAGACAAGUCACCUUCCAAACGUAUUCGUAAUGCAGAAGAUAAUGGAGAGGGUGAAUGCGCACCACUUACGCCACGUACACCCAGUACGCCUCGUUUCCGAGAUGCCCUUUCCAAAGUCCCAGUUACCCCCCGUCAUCGGGUUACGCCCACCGGAAGGGUCUCUAAACGCCUUUUCCCACAAACGCCACUUACGCCCGCCGCCCUUCAAACUGUAUACCACCACGCACGCCAACUUUUUUCGCGAAGCGCCGAUCCUGGUCAAUUGAUUGGACGUGAUGACGAGCGUUCACAGCUAAAAGAAUUUCUACAACGAUGCUCGAAGCCCAACCCUAGCGGAUGCAUAUAUGUCAGUGGGCCACCAGGAACAGGGAAAAGCGCUAUGAUAAAUGAAGUCACGCAAGAGCUGGUUGAAGCAAAAACUGUGAAGAAGGCCUACGUCAAUUGCAUGAGCAUAAAAUCAUCCAAGGACCUUUAUGGGACUCUCAUAGACCAAAUUUGCGACGAGACGGACAUUUCCGAAGGCGACGCUGCCACUACGGUUGAGAAGCUCUUCAUACCGCGAAAGAAAACAACCAAUGUCUACUUGGUUGUUUUGGAUGAAAUUGAUCAUAUUCUAACACUGGAUUUGGAAAGUUUGUACCGAGUAUUCGAAUGGUCCAUGCAAAAGUCGUCACGCCUUGUAUUGAUUGGCAUUGCAAACGCGCUGGACCUAACAGACCGAUUUCUUCCACGCUUGAAAUCUCGAAACCUGAAGCCCGAACUCCUCCCAUUUCUACCAUAUUCGGCAGCACAGAUCAAAUCCAUUAUUACUACCCGUCUCAAGAGCCUUGUACCUGAGGGUAGCCCGCUACCAUUCAUUCACCCGGCCGCCAUUGAACUCUGCUCCCGCAAAGUGUCAAGUCAGACAGGCGACUUGCGAAAAGCCUUCGAAAUCUGUCGAAGAGCUCUUGACCUCGUGGAGGCUGAGACAAAGCAGAAACACGAGGCAGAGGUCAAAGAAAAGAUCCUUCUCGCUACACCGUCCAAGAAGCCUCUCGGAGAGAACACGAAUCUCUCUUUGUCGCCUAAACGAUCGUCGGAGAAAGGUCCAUCGGCAAUGCUAGCAGAGUCAUUGAGAGGCUUGACAGUAGAAACAGCACCUCGCGUAAGCAUAGCACAUCUGAACAAGGUUACGGCGGCCGCGUUCAGCAACGGAACAAACCAGCGAUUGAAGACAUUGAACUUGCAACAGAAGGCAGCAUUGUGCUCACUCAUGGCGCUAGAAAAGCGAAAUAGGGCAUCCCGAACGUCGUCGCUCCCAACUACGCCGUCUAAGUCGCAAAGCAUCGCUCCAAGCAUCAAGCGAUUAUACGAGACAUAUAGUAUACUAUGUACACGAGAAUCUCUGCUGCAUCCGUUGUCUAGUUCAGAAUUUCGAGAAGUCAUCGGCAGUCUCGAGACAUUAUCUCUAGUCUCUGCCGUGGAUGGGAAGACAGGUUCCCUUGCCAUGCUACAUACACCAAGCAAAAGGGGAAAGAAGGGUGGAUUUGGGUCCGGCAUCGGAUUGGCGGACGAAAAGAAGGUUGCAAGCUGUGUUGGGGAGAAAGAAUUGGAACAAGCUGUGGAGGGACUCGGCGUUGAUAUCCUAAGGAGCAUUCUCAGCGGCGAGGCAUUAGAUUAG